UCUUCUCCGAAUUUUGUUUUCGAAGUUCAUUCAAAGUCCUCACCACUCCCAGACAAUAUAUGCGCUCGAUCGAGCGCGAGGGGUCGAAAACGCAAGCAGUGCAUACCAACUUUUUUGGGACGAUUGUGCAGGUUCUUCGUAAUAAACCGUGAACUUGAUUUUUAUUCCUCAAACUUGGUUUCCCGACGCCGUGGUUGCGGCUACAUUGCAGCCAUGAAUGACAUCGGCAAAGCAAGCGAGACCAUCUCUCAACCAAGCUUUUUUAGCAGAGUUUUUACAAGUAUAUCACAGAGGUAUCAAGGUUUAUUGGAUAAGUCUGUUCCCUAUGCGGUGCCCAGAUGGGUCGGUUUCGUCGUCCUGUAUAUCAUCUACCUGCUGAGAAUAUUCUUCAUUCAGGGUUGGUUCAUCAUAACGUAUGCUCUAGCUAUAUACCAUCUGAAUCUCUUCAUUGCCUUCCUCUCACCUAAGAUAGACCCAGCUGUUACAGAUGACCCAGACGAUGAUGGCCCUGCAUUACCAACUAAAUCAGGUCAAGAAUUCAGACCUUUUAUUAGGAGAUUACCAGAAUUCAAAUUUUGGCACUCUGCAAUGAAAGCUAUACUUGUAGCUUUGACAUUAACCUUCUUUGAACUGUUCAAUGUUCCUGUGUUCUGGCCAAUCCUAGUUAUGUAUUUCUUCCUCCUUUUCUUCUUAACAAUGAGGAGACAAAUUGAGCACAUGAUCAAGUACCGGUAUUUGCCAUGGACCCGCGGGAAGACGAAGUACAAAGGAAAGGAAGAUACGGGCGAUGUGAUUGGUUCACAAUGACAUGAUGACCCUAGCAGCGCAACCAAUCAGGACACAGCCAAGCCAACAUAGGUCAAGAUAGGUCUUGUUACGUCUCAUCAAGUUCUGCUAUAUGUGUUUCCAUCUUUGUAUGGUUGUGCAGCACAGGUCUCAAAAAUGUUAUCAAAGAUAGAUGUAUAUCAUUUUUUAACGAUAACUGUUCAAUAUUUUGUAUCUACAUACUUUAUGGAUAGGCGAUCUCCAGCUUUAAUUAUGCUGGUUUGCCUUAUCUAUCACUUCAUUUAAUAGUUUGUAAAGAGUAAUUUAAAGUGAGAGAAAGUCAUUUAGUAAAUAUGUGUAGGACUACUUUCCAUUUCUAGCAAAUGAAUGAACAUUAAAGUAGCGUGAUUACACAGGGACUGUCCGUAGGGAUUCAGCAAUCUAGAGGAUAAAUUCAAUUAUGAUUCAAUUGUUUCAAUCAGUCUAUAAAGUAUUAAAAUCUAUUGGAAAGAGCUGAACAUCUGAAAUCUGAAUAAAAUUCAUUACAUGUAUCUUGAGGUAGGAUACAAAUAUGUCCAUGGCUCAAACUUUGUCGAUGGUUCAUGAUUAGAACAUUUUGAUUUGUCACAAUGUGUAACACCAUUCAAAUUUAUCUGCAUUAUUUAUUUAUGAUAUGCACAACACAAAAUACAGUAUACAAAAUAAUAAAAUGAAAAUCUAGUCAUCACUGUUACCCAAUAGCAUUAGUUUCCUCGUAGCUUCCACUAAUUAACCACCAGAAUUGUUCACAUGCUUCAUAACUUUCUUAUUGUUGGUCCGAUUUAUUUCAAACUUUUGCCAUUUUGUUUAUAAUUUCCUGCUUUCAUACGAAUUAACUUACUACAAGGGUUAGAUUUCCCUUUAAUUGUCUCAUGAAUUAUGUUCUCGCAAAAUCAUGUUUAUUUACAUGUCUAUAUGUAUAUAGAAAUCAUCUUUAUGGUUAAAAAUUGUUUGGUUGUUUCUCUGCACUUUAUAGUUAUAACAUCUUCAAUAUAAUAAGAGUAAAAAAUAUUAAAGAUUGCUGAUUAGUUUUGUACCCUAUAGGUUCCAUUGUUUUGAGUCUAUAGCAUAAUUUUGUAUUGCUACACGGUGCAUUUGCUGCAACACUAUGAUCGAUUUUCAUUUCUUUAUGUAGAAUUCUCAUAUCUAGCAAGAGCUGUCUUUAAGAAAAUAGUUGUUGCAAAAAACAAUUGUUAUUUCAAGUGAAUAUUUUAAUUGAAAACAUUUACAGCUUUUGCUCACAAAGGUGGUGGUCUGUUAGAAGUUAUUUAAUGAUAUUUGUGUGUAAUAUGUGUGACUCUUAUGUUGUAAAAUGGCAAGUAAUGCGUUACAGUUUUUAAUAUGGAGUCAAGGUGCGAAUAAGAACACCCUCCUUUUCCUCUUGAAAUGUAUAAUGUUGUGCUCCUCCGACUCCUUACUUAAAUACCAGAAAACAGUGGAAAUACUUGCAAUAGGGGUGUCACUAUCAUUCCCCUUUAAGUGUUAGUCUGUUUGUUUGUAUUUUCUUAUUAUUCUAUUAGUUGUUAAUUUAGUUGUAAAUUUUAGUUGUAGUAUGUUUCACAUAUAUCACAUUAAGUCUUAAGACACUUGAAUGAACAGCCAUCUUGUAAAGUACAGUACACUAUUUGAGAAAUGUGGAUAUCUUUAGUAUAUUUUGGAAAAUGUGGGUCAUUGCACUUUUCUUUUUUAUUCAAAUUGUUUACUUUUACAAGUUCUAUAUGAAAUAGUUAUUUACAGUAUGAUUUUGACAACAAAAGUAGGAUUUAUUCUUAUCCGUUGCAUGGCAUAUAUGCAACAUGUAAAGAAUGAUUAAAUGCCAAAAUGUCAUUCAUCUAAGAUCGUUUUAGGUAUACAUUCUCUGUAUUAAUGAGUUCAUGUUCAUGUUAAUGUAUGAAGCAUUUUUUACCAUGAAGUGAAUGAUAAAGAAUAUGUAUUAAAAUUUGUGAGUUAUAGUAAAAAA